GCAACAUUAAACAUUCAGAACUCUCCAUGCAGUAGUUGAAAAAAACAAAACAGUUCAGUCGAUAGUUCAAAUUCCCAGUGACAAGUACUAAUUGGGCGGGCCGGAGUAAAAUGUUCAAAAACACUUUCCAAUCGGGAUUCCUUUCGAUCCUCUACAGCAUCGGUAGUAAACCGUUGCAGAUAUGGGACAAAAAAGUACGCAACGGGCACAUCAAGCGUAUAACCGAUCAGGACAUUCAAUCGUUGGUGCUGGAAAUUAUCGGUACUAAUGUGAGCACCACGUACAUCACCUGUCCGGCGGAUCCGAAGAAAACUCUCGGGAUAAAGUUGCCUUUCCUGGUGAUGAUCAUCAAAAAUCUCAAGAAAUAUUUCACAUUCGAAGUGCAGGUCCUGGACGAUAAAAACGUGCGGCGACGCUUCAGAGCAAGCAACUAUCAGUCAACCACCCGGGUGAAGCCGUUUAUCUGCACGAUGCCGAUGCGGCUGGACGAGGGGUGGAAUCAGAUACAGUUCAAUUUGUCUGAUUUCACUAGACGAGCUUACGGGACGAAUUACGUGGAAACACUUCGUGUUCAGAUUCAUGCAAACUGCAGAAUAAGGCGUGUAUAUUUUUCCGACCGGCUCUAUUCGGAGGAUGAGUUACCUGCGGAGUUUAAACUGUUCCUGCCAAUCCAGAAGCCGCAGUCGAAAGCAAUUGCCCAGCAGGCAUGCUAACCUGAGAGGCCUUGUUUUGGGUGAAAAGAAAUCGUGGGACGAGAAGAUAAGACUUCAUACCAAUGAAAACCAACUACGUCUAGGAUUGAUUUGCACGUUCAAAUUAACUUUUCAUGUUGCACAUGCCUCUAUCUUGUAACAACAUAAACUCAUCGAGAAGCGUACUCACUGUACAAGAGCAAUAUCAUCGCUAAACACCUACUUUUGGGAAGCAACAGGCAAUUAUGAGACGAGAUUAUCUUUUGCGAUGUCCAACCCAUAAGUGCCUAUAACGUUCUUGGUUUGAUUUUUCGGAAUUCAAUUUAGAUUCGGUCAAAUUCUCGUUUUAAUGAUGUUGCUUUACAUCUCUGGAACAUAUCGGAUAUAUCGUAUCGGCGAUCUACCAAACAUUGAAUGUUGUAAUAACAUGAUUGUAUAUUUUUUUCAUAUCUAGUGAUUUGGCAAUUUAUAAACUUUGAAUAA